AUGUCUGAGCACACAAUUGUCCUCGACGCUCUCAUCGUCGGCGGUGGCUUCGGUGGUGUAUACCAACUGAAACGACUCCGUGAUGAGGGCUUCAAUGUCAAGCUGGUCGACAUGGCAUCUGACUAUGCAGGUGUCUGGUUCUGGAACCGAUACCCCGGUGCUCGAGUCGAUAGCUCUGUACCACACUACGAGUUUUCCGACCCCGAGCUAUGGCGUGACUGGAACUGGACUGAACGCUUCCCCGGAAGCGCCGAACUCAGAGACUACUUCGCAUACGUAGCUAAGAAGUGGGAGUUGCGUAAAGACACACUGUUCAACACAUGUAUCUCCCAAUGUGAUUGGGAUGAAAAGACCAACAGAUGGACGAUCCAGAGUAAGGACGGCAAGAGAUUCUCUGCCCAAUACUUGCUCCUCAACACUGGCUUCGCAGCCAAACGACAUACACCUGACUGGAAGGGUAUCGACCAAUUUCAGGGUAACUGGAUACAUCCUUCGUACUGGCCUCAUGAGGACCCUGACCUCAAAGGCAAGAAAAUUGCCGUCAUCGGAACGGGUUCAACGGGUGUCCAGCUCGCGCAAGAACUCAGCAAGGUGGCCAGCGAGUUUGUCCUGUUUCAGAGGUCUCCCAAUCUGGCACUUCCUAUGAAGCAGAUCAAAUACUCCCCCAAAUCAAUCCCAGAAGAUCGCUAUAAGGAGGUAUACCAAGGCCGCCAUGAUAGUUUCUCUGGUUUUGACUUUAACUUUCUUCCACGCAACACUUUUAGUGAUGAUCCAAAGUCGCGUCUUGCACUAUAUGAAGAUCUCUGGACUCAUGGAGAUUUUCACUUUUGGCUUGCAACUUACCAAGACAUGCUCUUUGACGAGAAGGCCAAUGAAGAAGCCUACAAUUUCUGGAAGUCCAAGGUCAGGUGUCGUAUCAACGAUCCACGCCAUCAAGAACUUCUGGCUCCUGAGAAACAACCUUAUAGUUUUGGCUGUAAGCGAAUUUCUCUCGAAAGCGGCUACUUUGAGAUAUUUAACCAGCCGAACGUGUCCUUGGUGGAUGUCAACGCAACCCCCGUCGUUGAAGUCACGGAGCGCGGUAUUAAGACGACCGAGAAAGAGUGGGAAUUUGACAUUGUUGUUUGUGCAACUGGGUUUGAUGCAAUUACUGGUGGUAUGUUAGACAUGAACAUCACCGGAGCAUCAGGUCUGAAGCUUACCGAUAAGUGGAAGACUGGAGCCAAGACAUAUCUCGGCAUGGCAGUCGCUGGAUUUCCGAACAUGUUCUUCACGUAUGGGCCACAGGCACCCACAGCAUUGUGCAACGGUCCAACAUGUGCUGAGUCACAAGGUGAAUUUAUUGUCAGCUUGAUGAAGUACAUGUCGAAAAACGGUUCUCGUGCGGUAGACGCCUCGCAGGAGUCCGAGGCUGAAUGGGGAGCGACAGUUCGUGAUUUUGCCAAUACCUCGCUUUUGCCCAGCACCAAGUCGUGGUACAUGGGAGAUAAUAUUCCAGGCAAGCCACGCGAGUGUCUUAUCUACCUUGGUGGUGUCCCAACAUAUACCAAAGCCUUGAAGGGAUGCGGCGAUAGUGGCUACAAGGGAUUUCAAUUCAAAUGA